CUGCGGCUCUGGGCUCGCUGAAGCGUUGGCACGUCGCGCUCUGGGCUCAUGUAAUCAAAGAAGUUUCUUUGUUGUGUGUAUCUUUACAGAACACAACAGGAAUUGAAAAUGCAUCAGAACACCGAGUCUGUGACAGCCACUGAGACUCUGGCUGAGGUACCUGAACACGUGCUUCGAGGACUUCCAGAGGAAGUAAGACUUUUACCAUCUGCAGUCGACAAGACUCGGAUUGGUGUCUGGGCCACUAAACCAAUUUUAAAAGGGAAAAAGUUUGGGCCAUUUGUUGGUGACAAGAAGAAGAGAUCCCAGGUUAGGAAUAAUGUCUACAUGUGGGAGGUGUACUACCCAAAUUUGGGGUGGAUGUGCAUUGAUGCCACUGAUCCGGAGAAGGGAAACUGGCUGCGCUAUGUAAACUGGGCUUGCUCAGGAGAAGAGCAGAAUUUAUUUCCACUGGAAAUCAACAGAGCCAUUUACUAUAAAACCUUAAAGCCAAUCGCGCCUGGCGAGGAGCUCCUGGUCUGGUACAAUGGGGAAGACAACCCCGAGAUAGCAGCUGCGAUUGAGGAAGAGCGAGCCAGCGCCCGGAGCAAGCGCAGCUCCCCGAAGAGCCGCAGAGACCAAGUGGAGCAGCCAGCUGGCAGUAGCACCAUGUAGGACCCUGCAGGAACCCCUGGGAAGAAGAAAUCACAAGAGAAUAAAAACAAAGGCAUCAGAACCCAGGCUGCACAGCUGAAGGCAAGUGAGCUGGACUCCACCUUGGCAAGCAUGAGGGGCUCUG